AUGCGUGAUGCGUUAAUUCAGAACUCCUCGAUGAUCCUUCCAAUACGCAUCACGCAGACAAUACGGACACAGGAAGUCGAGAAAUCACAGGACUUUGGUCUCACAGAUGAAGAAAUCGUACAGCGAAAGAGAAUUCUUUAUGAGCUUGAAGAGUUCAUAAAGGACACAGUGUAUGAAGAUGCAGAACUUAAUUUGUUCGGAUCUUCUUACAAUGGAUUUGGUUUAAAAACAAGUGACAUGGACAUUUCAUUGACAUUUCGCUCCAACUCAUCAGGCAAGAAACUGAAAUUCCCUGAUAUUGUGAAACAGCUAGCCGAGGUACUACAAAAGCAUAAUGGUGUGUGCAAGAUUCAGGCCAUUCCGACAUCCAAGAUUCCUAUUGUCAAGUUCAAGCAUGAAAGAAGUGGACUGACAUGUGAUAUCAGUUUGUACAACAGACUGGCGCAGCGUAACAGUAAUCUGUUGGAGACGUACAGUCGUGUUGAUCCUAGAGUUAAAGUACUCGGUUAUGCCUUCAAGAAGUUUAUCGAGGCGUGUGAUAUUGGUGAUGCUGCACGCUGGGGUCUAUCAUCGUAUGCCUACAUUCUGAUGUUGAUUCACUAUCUCCAACAGUGUCGCCCUCCAGUGUUGCCAGUUUUGCAAGAGGUUUGGUUCUUUAUUUUCCUGGAAUCAUCAGGGCACCGUGGUUUUAAAACUAUAGAGUCUAGAAUCACAUCCUUGAUGUUGUCAUUUUCAUGCAAGUUGUAA